AUGCUGCUGGUCAGACAACGCACUAUGUUCUCGAGAACCUUAUUUAAGCAGUUGUUGUUGCCAUUGUCCACUAUGGACGGCAAAGACUUCAAAUUGGAAACAGGCAAAGAGCCGUUCCCGCUAUUGAGUGCCCAGCAGGAUGAGUCUGUUGAACGGGAUCUUCCGGACAUUGAGGUUCAAGACAAGACCUACAUCAAAGAGUUUCAAACGGCUUUGGAUGCUGUAAUUGAGCUCGAUCCAAGUCUGGGACCUACAGUCGACAAGCAUGUGUUUCCAUCGUUUCUUGAAUCGGCCGUGGUGCCCGGCUCGUACGAGUACCUUGCCAGGAGUGUGAUAUCGCAGCAGGUAAGCGGCUAUGCAGCCAAGGCCAUCUGUGGUCGAGUAGUUGCACUAUUUGGCGAAUCGUUUCCUACACCGGAGCAAGUGCUUGAGAUUGAUUUCGACACUUUAAAGGAGGCCGGCCUGUCGACCCGGAAAACCGAGUAUAUUAGAUCACUUGCCCAAAGCUAUGCAGACGGAGUUCUGUCAGACGCAAAGCUGAAAACCUCAUCUGAUGAUGAGGUAGUCGACAUGAUUGUAAGUAUUCGGGGCUUUGGGCCAUGGACUGCUCAAAUGUUUUUGCUAUUUUGGUUAAAACGUAUGAAUGUGUUCAGUCUGGGAGAUUUGGGCGUUCAACGCGGUUAUAAACGGUACGUGCAGGAUCGACCAGAGCUCCUUGCAAGAGCCAAAACAAUAGUAGUGGACGUGGAAGAUCCGCGUUUCCGGCCGCCGGGAACCAGUGCAAAGGCGCGGAAGCGUGAAAAGCUGGCCAAGGAGUUGGAGCACAUGGAGGCCGUGGCCAGCCUGUUCAGCCCUCACCGCAGCGCCUUGCAAGUGAUACUGUGGAAGCUAAGUGACAUUGUAAUGGACACAGUGGAGCUCCGCACGACCUCUAGCAACGGGAAGCGAAAGCAGAGCGAGCCCAAGCCCCGAAGAAAUAAGCUGGCCAAGUCCCAGUAA